AGAGGCAGAGUUAGUCUGUGGUUGUGAUGGUUGGUUUGUUGUUGGAGUUGAUGAAGUUUGUGGUGAUGAGGGAGAAGUUGGUGGAGUUGGUGAUGAAGGUUGUGAAUCUGCUUCUGGUGUUUGUGAAGUUUGUGAUGCUGGUUUUGGUGUUACUGGUGAUGAGUUUCCUUCUACUGGUUGUGAUAGACUUUUAUCUCCUUGUGAUGACACUGUUGCUGCACUUCCUUGUGAUACUGUUGCUGUAUUUCCUGAAGUUACACCCUCUUUUGCUCCUUGUGAUGAUGUUGUUGUUUCAGCUAUCAAAUGUAUAUUAUUAUGAAUAUACUGAAUGGUAUUAGUCAACCGAUUAUAUGUUUGAUGUUGUGUAUUUUCAUCAUCGUUAUAUUUAUUCUCAUGUUUAUGUUGUUUAGUUCUUGUUGAAUCAAUCAUGUUAUCUUCACGUUUAUUAUCAUCUUUAUUUCCUUGUUCAUUGUAUUGUUCAGUCUCCAAUCCUUUACUAAUUACAACAAUUAAUAUCAAUAGAAUCGUUGUUUAUUUCUAAUUAGUUCUUCUCUUUAAAUAUAUCACACUAACAUACUUCUAUUUCUCUAUUGUCAAUUCAUUAUUUGAAUUUGAAUUGAAAUUUAUUUGCCUUC